AUGGCGACGAUUGCGGGGCAGGGCAAUUCUGCUGGCAUUGCAGGCGCUGAGAAGGCCACUGGCGCUGAGGGCAACCAGGCCACGAAGAAUUCAAACCAGUCGCCUCGCGUCCGUCGACCGCUACCGCUGCCCGAACCCCUACGGAACCCCCGCCAACUCCAUUACAGCGUUCCCUACGAGCUCGAGGACGCCAUCUCUCCUCCAGCCCUCCCCAAGAGGAACAAGUCGAGUCCCCCGCAUCGCCAGCCUGAGCCUGUCCGAUAUCUCACAGACUGUCUCUCCCCGGUGCCCGAGGUUCUGCGACUCCCCGAUCCCAUAUCUGACCUCAGCUCCUCUGAGCCUUCGUCGGCCCAUAGCGGCUACUGGGACUACUACCGCAACUCGCGCACUGCUGCCCUUCUUGAAGGUGUCACGGCUUACUUAAAUUUUUUCGGCCCCAAGAAGCCUCGCUACUACUGCCCCACCGACGAAGAAAUCAUGGCAACCCCGCAGCUGCUUUUCGUCGACGGCACCUUUGCCGAGUUGGCCCAGGAGCUGGCCGACUUCAUCCAGAUCGGCGACCAGGUCCGUCCUCUCCUCGCCCAGGAGCAGAACGACGAGGCCCUUGAGGCCAUUGUCAAGGCCUCGCAUGCUUUGAACUCGGCCCCUGAGAAGGACUUCACUGGCGCCUACAAUCUCCUCAUUCAUCUGGUCCUGCAGUCCGACGACCCGAAAAAGUACCUCCCUACCGUUUGCGGGAACCUCCUCAAGCCCAUCACCUCGUCCCCUGCCCAUGGCUUCACCCUCGCCGCCAAUGCCCUCAGCACCAUCUUCAACCUCCUUCAACCCAGCAAUCCCCUGCGGUACAAUGUCUUCCUGCAGAUCGUCCGCUUUAUCCGCCAGCACAGUCAGUUCGAGGUGCUCAAGCCGCGGUUAAAGAACCUGGACGGCUGGUUCGCUGCUUGGAAGUCGGACGAGGAGGACAAGCGUAAGCUCUAUGUUGAGGUGUCGGAUACCGCUGCUGAGAGCGGUGAUGAAGAUGAGGCCUACCACUAUCUGCUCAAAGCCAUUGGAACCUUUGAUCGUGAGGAUCAGGAUGACCUCUCCUCGGAGGAGGCUCAAAAGCUUUCACUCAAGGCGAUCCGCAUGGCCUUGCUGUCCCCUACUCGCUUCGACUUCCAGGACCUCCGUGCCCUUCCGGCCGUUCAGGCCCUUGGUGACUCGCAGCCCAUCUACUCGCAGUUGUUGGACAUCUUCACCGAGCAGGAUCUUGAGGAUUACAACGACUUCAAUGAGGAGCACAAGGGUUGGCUUGAGAAGGAAGGUCUCGAUCAUGAGAAACUGCAGCGCAAGAUGCGCCUGCUCACCUUCGCCAGUUUGGCUGCCAGCACUCCUAACCGCGAGAUUCCAUACGCCAAGAUUGCAGAGCGUCUCCAGAUUCCCAUUGAGGAGAUCGAACACUGGACAAUCGAUGUUAUUCGCGCCAAGCUUGUCGAAGGCCGUUUGUCUCAGCAGCAGAAGGUGUUCCUGGUUCACCGUACCACCUAUCGUGUCUUUGGUGAGAAGCAGUGGCGCGAGCUCGGCACCCGUGUCGACCAGUGGAAGUCGGUUGUUGACCGGCUGUUGACUGUUGUCCGCAAGGCCCAGGCUGAUGUCGAGGCUCAGCGCGAGCGGGAGCAACAGGAACUUGAGAAGAAGCUCGCUAACGCUAACAUCAGCGGUGGCCACGGCGGUCGUCACAAGGGUGGGAAGCAACAGCAGCAGCGCACGGAUGAGGAUGACUAA